CAAAUGGCGGGAGGUGUCUGUAAGUAGAAUUUUCAGGAAGUGAAACAGAAAACCGGCACGAAAAAGUCAUAACAACACCGGCACUGAUGAAAGUUGUUACCCAGCAUAGGUCCCACUAACUCUUCGCGAAUAAUAUAUGAAUUGUGAACAGUUGUAGGUGAAUCAAAAUGGAGAACAGCCAUCGAAUGUUCCUACAGGCAUUCAUGUCUAGAGGCAUAUUAGAUGCAAAAGAUGUGAUAAAGUUAUUCCAGUUGGUCUGUGACAGGUGUAAUGAACCUGUCCCGGAGUCAGCGGACGAGAGAAAACGCCGCCUGGCAGAACUUGUAAUUACCAUUAACACAGCCAUCAAACAGUUCAGCCUGGAAAUCAGGAAAGGGGUCAGUGAGGACAACGGUGCUAACUACUACUGCCUGAUUAAUAUUCAAGAAAGUCCAAUUACCAGGAUGGCCUCUGACUAUACACCAAAUGAACUAGAAUUCUUCAAAAAAAUAGUUGGUAGCAUAGUGGCAUCAGAGACUGGAACUAUUGGCUCCACAGAUGCUCUUAACUUGACCAAUCAGCUUGGCAAGAAGAUGAGCAAAGAGGCGGCCCAGGAUAUGUUACGGAGAAUGAUACGUGACAACUGGAUGACCCUGGUUGAUGGUCAGUACGGAAUGGCCACCCGUGCUUUGUUAGAGUUGGAACAGUACAUCAGGGAGCAAUACCCUAACUUGGCCACACUCUGUAACCUUUGUAAGAAGUUAUGUUUACAGUGCCAGACAUGUGAACAGUGCAACACGAAAUUACAUCGUGCAUGUGCGGCCAGGUUUUUCAAUCAAAAGAAAGAUGUGAGAUGUCCUGGAAUAAACUGCAAUGCAGUAUGGGAAGACUAUAAUAAUCAAGAUUCACCUGGGUCUACUCCAGCCAGUUCCUCUACAAGGGAGACACGCAAAAGGAAAGCUAAGACAUGAUAGAUCAUCUUGCUACAAGGCUUGUCUCUAAAUAUUGACUGAUUCCUUUAGAAAUAUAUCUAGCAUAAUGAUAUCAUUUUGGUCAUCAUGUCUUUUAAUCACUGUGUCAUGGAAUGUUACUGUUUUCUUGUUCAUCAAAUCUUUAUGCAUUAUAUGCUGUCACAUCAUUGUAUUUUCUUACAAUCACAAGCUCAAAAAUAAAUUUGGUAG